UGGUUAGAUCAAAUACUUCAAGUUGAAGACCAUGUUUUGUUAAUGAUUCUCUACGUAGUUGUGUAUCCAUCCUUUCCCAGUUGCCUUUCGUCGAUAUCCUCCUUAAAUUGCCAAAGAAAGGCAUUGCUUCUUGGCAAAUUUAUUCCAACUUUCUGACAAACACAAUCUUAAGCCUAAAAGUAAUCUCCCCGCAAAUAACAAAAAAAAAAACACUACAACAUUCUGUUCACAUGAAGCUUCAUACCAAUUCCACAAUCUAUAUAUUUGCAUUUCUAGAAUCCUAUGUACAAGAAAAAAGUGCAUUGUACAAGAAAAAAGUGCAUUGAUUAGCUAACUUGCUGUUAAUCAGAUGACAAUGAGCAUGAGGUCCAUGAAAGUAAAGACCGGUUUAUUUCUGCUUCUUUUUUGUCAUUUCGUCUGUUUCGGAUCCUGCACAUUUACCAUAACAAACUAUUGCCGAUACACCAUAUGGCCUGGCACACUUUCUGGGGCAGGAACACCUCCGCUUCCCACCACAGGAUUUGAGCUGCCGUCAGGCAAAAGUGUGAGCAUCCCUACUAUUCCAGGAUGGUCAGGCCGAAUCUGGGCAAGAACGGGUUGCACAUUCGAUGCAACAGGUACUGGUACAUGUCGUACAGGGGACUGUGGAGGAAAGCUGGAAUGUGGUGGCAUGGGCGCCACUCCACCCGCCUCCCUGUUUGAGGUGACCCUUGGCCAUGGCAACGAGACAGACUUUUACGAUGUCAGUCUUGUGGACGGCUACAAUCUGCCUCUUGUAGCUGCACCUCGCAGCAUCAACGGUGCAUGUGAUGCCACAGGCUGUGCUACAGACAUCAACACUGGAUGUCCCAAAGAACUUCAGGUUGCUAGUGAAGACGGAGGGGCAGAGGGUGUAGUUGCUUGCAAAAGUGCCUGCGAGGCCUUUGGACAAGACCAAUACUGCUGCAGCGGGGAGUUUGCAAACCCGACAACGUGUCAGCCGUCUUUCUAUUCAACCAUCUUCAAGACAGCCUGUCCGAGGGCCUACAGCUAUGCAUUUGACGAUGGAACCAGCAUCUUUACUUGCAAUGCUUAUGAAUACAACAUCAUUUUUUGCCCAAACCCCAACUCGAUGAAGGGAUCGAAUGAUACAGUAAUAUCUCCACCAAUACAGAAGAACAGCAACAAAGAGUUCUCCGGGGGACUCGUUUCGUCGUCAGACAUCCUCGUACCGUUUCCUGUAUUAGUCAUCCUCCUGAUUGUGAUACUGUUGUAGAGACUGCUGGUGGACGUAACAGCUAAACAGCCUCUCAUCUCUUGAUUGUAAAGUUGCAAGAAUCACAGUGAAUUAAAAAAAAGGGGGAGAAGAAAUGAAGACAAUAUUCGAUUGAGAUUUUAAUGCAUUGUUUUUAGUCUAUGGAUUUUAAUGGAUUGUAUGGGAUUUAUUUUUUGCGGAUUCUUGAUGAAAUGUCGCAGAGUUGAUAGGAUUUAGGUACAAUGCUUCAAAAUCCCAUUGAAUUUGGUGGGAUUUCAAAAAACUUAAAAUACACUGAAGAAUGCCAUAAAAUCCAUCAUUUUAUGAAAUGAAAAAAAAUCCAUCAGCAUUUGAAUACCAUCAGAUUUUAAAGCAUUAU